AUGCAGAUCCUAAGUAAUGAACGACUGCCAGACUCUGAAAUUACUGAAGAAGCUGCCAGCUUUCAGCCUCAAGCUCUGGUGAAUGGAGGGACAGGGCUGGGAGAGUUCACUGAGCCGGGCACAAUCAUUCAGUUAGAAGACUUCUGCCUUAACCGGCUUCUCAGAGCACAAGCCCACAGCCUGCAAGGAGUGAAGCCUGGAGCAAAACCUUCAGAAACCAGUGAAGUCCACCAGCGAAAGGAGUUUUGUCACUGGCCAUGCAGAUGCCCGCUCGUGCCAACCUGCACCCCUGGGGUAAGCUUGGUAAAAGAUGGUUGUGGCUGUUGUAAGGUCUGUGCCAAGCAGUCUGGAGAGACCUGUAAUGAAGCAGACAUCUGUGACCCCCACAAAGGUCUCUACUGCGACUACUCUGAAGACAAGCCUAAGUAUGAAACAGGCGUGUGCGCAUAUCUGGUAGCUGUAGGAUGUGAGCUCAAUGGAGUUUAUUAUCUUAAUGGGCAGACCUUCCAACCUAACCCUCUUUAUAAGUGCCUGUGUGUCAGUGGUGCAAUUGGAUGUACACCUGUAUUCAUCCCGAAAUUAGCAGCAAGUCCCUGCACCAGGGUCCCGGGCAGAAAGAAGUCUGGACAAUCCAUCUGCAGCCCUGGACAGCACAAGCAACUUCAAUCAACAAAUUACAGACUCAUGUCAGCUUACAGAAACUUACCGCUAGUUUUGAAGAAAAAGUGCCUAAUACAGGCAACUGCUUGGACACCCUGUUCCAGGACCUGUGGCAUAGGCAUAUCCAGUAGAGUGACCAACGAAAACAGUAAUUGUGAAAUGAGAAAAGAAAAGAGAUUAUGCUUCAUUCAGCCUUGUCAGACUAAUAUAUUGAAGACGAUAAAGAUUCCAAAAGGAAAAACAUGUCAACCGACAUUCCAGCUUCCUACAGCAGAGAAACUAAUCUUCUCCGGAUGUUCAACCACACAAAGCUACCAACUAACUUUCUGUGGGGUGUGUUCGGACAAGAGAUGUUGCAUACCCAGCAAGUCCAAAAUGAUCACUAUACAGUUUGAGUGUCCCAAUGAAGGCUCCUUCCAGUGGAAGAUGAUGUGGAUUACAUCUUGUGUAUGUCAGAGGAUUUGCAGUGAUCCAAGAGAUAUAUUUUCUGAACUCAAGAUUUUAUAAGGAGUUACAUCAUUGACAGCAAUAGUUGCAAGGGUGACAGCACAUUCACAUCCUGAAGCCUUCUGCAAUCUUCAUAGUGAAACUACAUGUGUGAAUAUUCAUUUGUUAAAUACCAACUGCAAAAUGCAUAUAAGAGCACAUCUUUAAUUUAAACUUUUUUUUAAUAUGGGGGAAAUACAUUCUUGAGAAGUAUGUAUAUGCUAUUAGUACUGUCAGAACAAGAGCUUUUGUAAUUAAAAGGAAAAAAAAAGCACAGCAAGACAGCUUUGUACCCUACUGUAACAUGCACUGCCCAAAUGACAAGUACAUGUAAAUUCACAGAUGCUGUAAAUAACCUAUCAGAAAAAGACUUUUUAAUCUGUAAUACCUCAUCUACCAUCCUUGAUUAUCAAUGUAACAUUUACAACUAUGCAUCUGCAAGGCUCAAACACAUCAGUGCUGUUUCAAACACACAAAAAGUUAAUUUAAAGCGCUGACUGCUUUUUUGCAGCAAUUAAUCUUUCUCUAGUGCUAUGAAUAUAAAAAAUGCACUUGCAAAGGAACAAAGAAGGGGACACCUACAGAUAACAGAACUGCAAAAUAUCAAGGAAAUAGCAUUUUUUAAAAGAAAGCAUUUUAAAAAUAGUCAUCAGCAACUGUUACCACAAUGUUUUAUUGAAUACUUCUGGCCUCAUACACUGAAAAUUGUGCUUACUUAUACACCCACUCAAACUUUAAGAAUUCAUUUUAUUGGUCCAUUCUGAUCUGAAACAGUUUACUGCUCUCCUGCUGUUUUAAGACAGUCAAAGCUGGCAAGCAACUGGAAAUAGCUGUACAUUUUAUUUUCUGAAAGUUCUUACUGUCAUAGAAAAGUCAGCUUACCCCAAUAAUUAUAUACAUUAAAGCAUCUAUUUAACUUGCAUUCUUUUUUAACCAUGUAAUCUUUGUUCUCCAAACAGUCUUCAUUAUAAGUGCUUGUUUCACUCAGAAGCAUAGUGUAUUAAUUCAUUAUCAAGUGCAACUCCGCUUUCUUGAACACGUAUCAUUAAAAUAAUGUUAAUUAAUAUUCCAAUUAUAAUAUUUGAAAAAACAUGCAUUUUCUUGAGUUUUCUGAUAUUGCCGCUUUUGAUCUCAACUAAGAAUGCUCUAAUACAGCUAAUCAUAGCUAAGUACAAGGAAGCAAAAAUAUUAAACUACGAACACUGUUUAGAGCAUUCUAAAAUGACACAUGAGUAUGCUGCAAAAUUUAGAGGUUUGCUUUCAUCUUUGAAAACAGCAUAUGGGUUCUCCUUCUCUUCAUAGUUACUUGUUAAAAAAAUUAAUAAACUAGUAAUGGUGAUCCUUCUUUGAAGCAGGGCCUGCCUGUAGUUUAUUUUAAGUUCAAGGUUUAAGACGACUUUAAGAACUACAUUUUGGGCUGCUACAACCUUUCUUUCUUCUCCUCCUUACAGCAUGUGGUAUGUUAACUUUACAGUUAGUAUGACAGCUCUCUACUGAGUUCCUCCAUAAUUAGGUGCUGGCAAGCAAUACACUUUUGAAUCUUUCUUGCAGGGGGGGCCCAUCACUUAAUAUUACUCCCCCCCACCCCAGAGAGCUGAGGCAGUUGUCCCAGUCCUUUUUUAGAAUGACAAGAUGUAGGCACUCUGCAAGUCAUUCUGGUCAACUGAAGUGGAUGAAAUGCUUAGGGGAAAAAAAGAAAAA